AUGUAUGAGACGCGGACAGCAUCCCGCACCACGGUCGAGAGAGAGCCAAGAGAAGGACAAGAAAUAAUUGAAACGUUCAUCGCCAAGACCAGCGCGAGACGGCAGCCACAAGCUUUUCUUGCCCUCCUACUCUUUUACCGCUUCAUAGCAUAUCCCAAUCGGCUGCUAACUAAGCCUACCUCACUCCAAGGUUUUCGGGCCACCAGCCGAUUGCACCGCCAGACGUCUGUGGCCGAGCUUCAAUUAGCAGACCUCCAAAAUAGACAUGAUACUCCUGGCUAUUGUCAAAACUUCUCGGUCUCAUCUCUCACUAGCUCAUCAUCAUCACACAACAGUCUUCAGCUUCAACUUCAUCCGAUUCAAACGCUUCGAACUCAUCUAAUCUUCCCCGCAACUGCCAAACGCCAGACUACCAAACCCACAUUCAAACUAGAAACUAUGCGUGGCAUCUUCUUCACCGUCUUCACCCUCGUGGCCGCCGUCGCCGCGCAGGCACCGUACACCGGACCUUGCUCUGAUACCGCCUGUGGCGUGGAGAGCGAGAACUGCGAUGUCCAAGGCCGCCAGUGCUUCCCAUUUCCCAACAUUGCUCCAGCGCUCCGUGAGGGCUGCGUCUGCGGUUCUGGUUAA